AAUGGAUUUUCAUCUUGAUUAAUUCAGAAGCAACUUAUAAAUAAAAUUUCCUUUUGAAACAGAGAUUCGUGGUCCUAAUUAGGGUUGAUAUCUUUAAAACUUUUUAUCAUUAGUAGUUCAAAUUUUCCCGCGGAAGAUGGAUCCUGAAGGACAACGAACCCCAGCCAGCGCAUCGGCAUUGAUGGCUUCACUUCUAAGCAAGAGAACCAAGCUCCUCGAAGAUCUGCGUAACAUUGAACGACAGGUCUAUGAUAUGGAGACAAGUUAUUUACAGGAUCCAAGCCAAUGUGGCAAUGUAUUGAAAGGUUUUGAAGGGUUCUUAUCUUCAUCUAAGAACACUGCACUCUUGAAGCGGUCAAGGAAGUUCCAGCCUGAAGAUAGGCUCUUCUCUUUAUCUUCAGUCACCUCACCAGCAGCUGAAGAGCAAGCAACUGGACGAGAUGAUGGGAGAUCAGAUUAUGGUACAGGUCGGUCUAAAGGUGGAGGUAUCUUUGGGAAUGGACAAGGAAAACCAAAGAAGGGAAGAGGUGCUUCAAGAGAUGCAAAAAGAAUCAGGCAUUCAAGUGAAGAUUUUGACUAUGAUGAUGAUCCUGAUGUGACAUUGUAAUAUUGGCAUGUCCAUUGCCCUCUCUGUGCGAGAUUUGCCAGAGCUGGAGCCUGAGGCAUACUGUUUUUUGUUUACAAGAUUCUGCUAAUGGCAGAAAUUAUAAUUGCUCAGUCAAGCAAAACUUUGUUCAACUGAUGCAAAAAGGAAUCAUAAACUUACCAUAAUUAUCUGGGAGUUGUUUUUUUGGCAGAUAAUAUAUUAAUGGUAUAUUUCAUGGCUUCA